GAGCGGAGCGGAGUGGGCUCCGCGCCACGGGCGGCAGCGGCACCGCGCUGUGGAGGCCGGCAGGCGCCGCCUCCUCCCUUCCUCCGUCCGUCCGUCCGUCCCUCGUUCCCGCCCGCGCCGCUCUGUCCCAUGUUCGGGUUGGGGAAGCCGGCGGGGCAGCAGGAGCUGGGCAGAAGCGGUGGGCUUCCGAAGAUGGCGUCCGUGGGGGAUUUUAACGUACUGAGCUCCAGCAUCCCGGCCACCAAGGUGGAGCUCUCCGUGUCCUGCAGAAAUCUUUUGGACAGAGAUACAUUUUCUAAAUCUGAUCCAAUCUGUGUUUUGUACACACAAGCAAUUGGAAACAAGGAAUGGAGAGAGUUUGGAAGAACAGAAGUAAUUGAUAAUACUUUAAAUCCAGAUUUUGUAAGAAAAUUUAUAAUGGACUACUUCUUUGAAGAAAGAGAGAAUCUGCGAUUUGAUUUCUAUGAUGUUGACUCGAAGAGUCCUAACCUGUCAAAACAUGAUUUUUUGGGACAGAUGUUUUGCACACUGGGAGAAAUAGUGGGAUCACAGGGGAGCAGACUGGAAAAAUCAAUUGUAGGAAUUCCUGGGAAGAAGUGUGGAACAGUCAUAGUAACAGCAGAGGAACUAGGGUGUUGCAGAGAUUCAGUUUUAAUGCAAUUUUGUGCAAACAAACUAGACAAGAAAGACUUCUUUGGGAAAUCUGAUCCUUUCCUUGUAUUUCAUCGAAGCAAUGAAGAUGGCAGUUUUACAAUCUGCCACAAAACAGAAGUUGUGAAAAAUACAUUGAAUCCAGUGUGGCAGGCAUUCAAGAUUUCUGUCAGAGCACUCUGUAAUGGAGACUAUGACCGGACAAUUAAAGUAGAAGUGUAUGACUGGGAUAGAGAUGGAAGCCAUGAUUUCAUUGGAGAAUUCACAACAAGUUACAGAGAGCUGUCGAGAGGGCAGUCUCAGUUCAAUGUUUAUGAGGUAAUAAAUCCAAAGAAAAAAGGAAAAAAGAAAAAGUAUGUUAAUUCUGGAACAGUAACAUUGCUUUCCUUCCUAAUUGAAACAGAAGUUUCAUUCCUUGACUAUAUUAAAGGCGGAACCCAAAUCAAUUUCACAGUUGCUAUUGAUUUCACAGCCUCCAAUGGUAACCCUUUACAGCCAACUUCACUGCACUACAUGAACCCCUAUCAGCUGAAUGCCUAUGGCAUGGCACUGAGAGCUGUUGGGGAAAUAAUUCAGGACUAUGAUAGUGAUAAAAUGUUCCCAGCUCUAGGUUUUGGAGCUAGACUCCCUCCAGAUGGAAGAGUAUCACAUGAAUUUGCACUGAAUGGAAACCCUCAAAAUCCAUACUGCCAUGGAAUUGAUGGUGUAAUGGAGGCAUAUUACAGGAGUCUAAAAUCUGUACAGCUUUAUGGACCAACAAACUUUGCUCCUGUAAUUAAUCAUGUAGCCAGAUAUGCUGCUUCAGUAAAAGAUGGCUCCCAGUAUUUUGUUCUUCUCAUUAUUACAGAUGGAGUUAUAUCUGAUAUGGCUCAGACAAAAGAAUCCAUAGUGAAUGCUUCAAAGCUUCCAAUGUCCAUAAUUAUAGUGGGUGUAGGACCAGCAGAGUUUGAUGCUAUGGAAGAACUGGAUGGGGAUGUAGUGAGGAUUUCUUCAAGAGGAAGAUUUGCAGAAAGAGACAUUGUGCAGUUUGUGCCAUUCCGAGAUUACAUUGACAGAAGUGGAAACCACGUGUUGAGCAUGGCAAGACUGGCUAAAGAUGUGCUGGCUGAAAUCCCAGAGCAGUUUCUGUCCUACAUGAGAGUCAGAGGAAUAAAGCCAUCACCUGCACCACCCCCCUACACACCCCCAAUUCACGUGUUGCAGACUCAGAUAUGACUGCUCUGAAGUGUUUAGCAUUUACCACAAAUCUCUGGAUGCAGCAGUAGCUUCUGAUAACAUUUUGGAGCUAGAAAAAUUCUCUUCACAUACCAAAAUUCUCCUAUUAGUUGCAUGAGCAACUGGAAAGCUUUUAAAUGCUAGGGGCAAAAUGUUGAUGUUCUGGGACUUUUUUUUUUAGUCCAAACACCCUACUUUUUUGAUGUAUUUAUUGGAGGGGGGAAAGCACAAGUCAGGUUUUCAACUCAGAAGAUUGGGCCCUCUCUGAAUACUGUGUGUAUAUAAAUGUAUAGGAAUGCUAUUACUCUGUAUCAAUGUUUACAUGUUACUAUUUUUAAAUUUCAGUACUUUUAUAACUAUUCUUAAGAAUAAAAGUUUGGAAUA